UCAGGAAGACUCCCACAUGAGUCAGAUGCCUCCUGUGCCUGGGCUUGCGAGAGUGUGACAGGGAGUGGGAGAUAUCUCUCCCACCAGCAGCAGUGCUUGGGCGGCUGAACCACACAACCACAGAACCACAGAACCACAGAACCACGCUUCUCCUGUGCAGACUGUGACUUUCCAUUUUGUGAAUGAGCACUUCGACCAUGGAGUGGGAAGUUUGUCCCUGGACGGCCUGCUGAGUCAAAGCCAUUACCACAGAUUUCAUUAGAGGCUUCUACUUUGCUCUGACAGCAGGGCUUGCGGGCACUGAGGCCUCCCAGCCAUCCUCAGGUAGGGUUUUGGAUCAGGGGAGACUCGAGCCUUCUGAUGUGGGCCAGGGCAAGAAGUUGAACUGGAACCCAAGUCCCAACUUCAGGAUGAUACUACUCCCAGUUUCUGCAAGAAUUUCUUUCUUUAGGUUCGAAAUCUCUAGUUCUGUGAGGCAGGUGUUUGUGUGGUGGUUAAGCCCCUAUGUGGGAUGCCCACAUCUCACAUUUGAGUGCCUGGGUUCAGGUCCUGGCAACUCUACCCUGGGAGGCAGUAGGUGCUGGCUCGAGCACUUGGCUCCUGUUACCCAUGUGGGAACUUGGAUGGAGUCCCAUGCUCCUCCUUUGACCUGGUCUAGCCCUGACUGUUGUAGGCAUUUAGGGAAGAACUUCUGUGUGUCUCUAUCUGCCUUUCAAGUGAUUAUGAGAUACAUAAAAAGUAAAAGAAAUUUCUAGUUUCCUUUAAAAGACACCUGGAUUUUUGGAAAUUAAAAAACCUUUAUUGAGGUUUGCUCACCAAAAAUAAUACCUGAAUGAGUGUGUGCUUUCUGUAGUUGUCUAAAUGGCUUCAUGAACACUGGUGACAUGUUGGCAGGAAGGCAGCGGCCGGAGCAGAGGACACAUCGUGGUGUGUGCUGGGCAGUGGUUCUGCGAGUUGAGUCCCAGGCCGCCUUCCCGCACAGCAUGGCCGGCACUGUGCUAGGAGUGGGUGCAGGGGUGUUCAUCCUGGCCCUGCUCUGGGUGUUGGUCCUGCUGCUGUGUGUGCUGUUGUCCAGAGCCUCAGGGGUCGCCAGGUUCUCUGUCAUUUUUGUGUUCCUCGGUGCCCUGAUCAUCACGGCAGUCCUGUUGCUAUUCCCCCGAGCCAGUGAAUUUCCAGCCCCGGAGGCAGAGAUUAAGAUUGUGGAUGCCUUUUUCAUUGGCCGCUACGCCCUGCUGGCAUUCAUCAGUGCUGUCUUCCUUGGAGGCCUCUUCCUGGUUCUAACUCAUGUCCUGGAGCCCAUCUAUGCCAAGCCACUGCGGGCCUAGUGAGAGUUCUUUGGAGAAACCAGGACCCUGUCCUCCAUUUCAUUUUGGUGUCAUUGAUGAGCAGAGACACUCUGCAGAGCCUUGUUUCAACAGUCCUCAGACCAUGGAGAUCAGAGGCAUAUGCGCUCAUCACUAAGACACGUCUCUGGAGUCCUCGCUGCUGGAAUCAGGGUUGCCAGACCGCCCCUGCAACAGUAGAUUCUCACCACUGUCAGAGGGAUACUGCUGUCUUCUUGGUGUCUGUACCUCGGGAUUUCCAUCUGUUUUGAAAGGGAAAUAGCAAAAGGAGUCUGUAGAACACAUUAUCAGUUGUUAGUACAUUUGGGGGAAAGGAGAACGUUGACUUGGUUGUCCAAUCCAAGAACCUCGUCAUUUUGGUAACAGGAGAAAUUCUUGGUUUUGAGGUUGGACUCAUGUGGAAAGGAAGAGCACACCAGUUCAGAAGAUUACACUACUGUGUCGAAAUAAACUUCUGAUUGGGAAGACUCGGGUGCCUUUCAUUCCAGAGCGCCGCGAAGGCAGCGGGUGUCAAUUCCCUCUGCUCUAGUAAGGCAAUAAGCAGCAACCACAUGACUGAUUUUCAGUCCCAACUCUUGGCCAUUGUUUUCUAGUUUCAGCAGUUUUAUAUAAGUUUGCUUGGAGAUGAGAGGAAAAGCAUAGAAAGGCUGUAUUUUUGUCACCCUGCCAUGUUUCUCUGUGUCUUUUCUCCCAGGAUAUCGCGCCCCUGUGUGUCUUUAUUUGAGUUCCAUAAGCAUCCAUUUGAGAUAACUGUCUUUUCCCACCUUAUCAGGCCUUUCUUCAAACCUAGUAAAGAACCCACAUUCUUGG